CAGUUACAUCACUUUACGGACACCACCAUGUAACUGCAGCUGUCCGCUGUCCUUGUAAAGACGCACUGCACAUAUGUCACCUACUGAAGCAAGCUGACACAAAAUCAGUCAAGAACAAGGACGCAACAUGGCAUCUCAAUUCCUGAAGUACUCGGUACUUCUUCAGAAAUACCGGACUCCGCUGCUCAUUGCGAGCUGUGGUGGGGUCUUUGCAGCCAACAUGUUCUACCAUGUUUGCCCUGACAUGUCCUAUCGUCAGCUCUAUCAAGCCUGGCACAAUGGAGAGCCUGUCACGCUGUCUGAAAAGCUGGAGGAUGUUUUUCAGCAGGUGUUGAAGGACUAUGGUGUCAGCUCCGCCAAGAAUUUCUCUGCCUUUGCCUCCUUUGGCUUCCAUCCAGUCGGUGCCGGUGUUCCAUGGCUUCCCGAAGGGGCCCAAAUUGGCAUCCCAGCCAACUUUAACAGCAGUGCCAAAGACCCAAGUGGAAUUACCAAUCGCACCAUUUUCAUCAAUGGCAAAACAGUGGAUUGGAGCAGUGAAGUUGGUUCUGCUCUAAAGGAGGCACUGGUGUUUUCCCACGAUGCACAGAAGUUCGCCAUAGCGCGAGAGGUGGCCCGCUUGCAAUCUGGAGGACCUAUUAUAAGUGCAGCUGUUGCCCCGUUCUGUCUUAGUGGGGUUUGGGUGUACAGUGUGGUGCUGAAGCAGGUGUUUGGGCUUCACACUGGGCCUAUGCUGCUUCGUGGAGCUGCAAAUGUUCUCGGGCUGGGCAUUGGUGCUGUUUCCUACUUACUCACCUCAGAUGCUGUCAACCAGUGGAUUGACAAUAGCUCAGACCGGUGUGCAGCAGGAGUGUCCCAUGAUUAUGCCAAAGGAGGGGUAGAAUUUUAUGAUAAAAUUCUGUCCAGAAACAAGACACUGCGCUCACUGAUGGGGCAGAAAGGAGAGGAGAUGUAUGCUCCCAGUGGGAACUUGUUUCCUGCUCACAUCCUUCAACUGAAACACACACCAUACACAUCCAGGAGGGAAGGGAUCCUUGCUUUGCUGAAAGAGGAGAAAGGGUGAAAAGACAGUUUGUGUUUAGAAUUAAAGUAGAUGUCACCUAAACAGCUGUAACGAUCCACUGUAAGUUAUGCUUAUUUGUGAAUAAAAUGUUUCAAGAAUGGCAGACUGGAUCCUUAAGACUUUUUAAGUUGUAAAACCAGAGCUAAGGAAUGAACAUUUUGUUCAUAGAAGUAUGUCAACCCACAUAUACUGAUUGAUAGUUUUGUGUUUCAUGAAUCCCAAAGUGUAGAACAGUGGUUCUAAAACUUUUUACAGUGUGUACCACCUAAGAAAAUAUCAAGCUCUCCAAGUACCACCAUUAUGACCAACCUGAACAUACAGUAGUGAAGGCUUACCCUUUUGACUGUUCACAAAGGAGGCAUGCUUACUCUGAAUAUGAGGAUUAUUUAUUGAUAAUUGUUGCCAGCAACAGCCACACUGUACACAACAGUAGCAUUAUAACUAUAUAUAACAAAACAAGGUGCAGCACCUCUUUACCUCUCAUAGACACAGCAAGCAAGAACAUUAAGAACAACAGCUGUGUUUCUUACACACACUCGCUCUCUCGCGAUGUCAAUGCCGGUUCAAGUGAGACACAUUUGUAUUAUUUCUAAAUUAACAUUUAAUGUCAUUAAAUUAACACUUAAUGUCAUUUUAACCAUACAUUUGUCAACCGACUGCAGUUGCCAGCAGGACGUAGGUCGUUUACGUUUUGGGAAGAUAUUGACGUUUAAUUUAACGUCAACGUUUUAGACAUCUUCUGCUUGGCAGAAAGAGCAUUAGUUACUUUUUUCCAAAUAAACUGUUUCUUAAAACUGAAUACACUGAAAAUGCCCACGAGUAAACCCAUUUUGUGUCAUCUUACAUGUGUUAGGCUACAUGAAAAUCAGUAAUGAGUGAGCAAGGGAUGAUAACAGAAGCAGUGGGCACAUAGACUCAGAAUAUUUUUAUUUUCAUUUAACUCAACAUAUCAAGCUUUUUUUUUUCCUUAAGCAAAAAUAUAUUCAAAGAAUACUUUCAGUGAUAUGUGUGUUGAAGUUUGAUUGAAGUGUGGUUUACGGUUCCUUUUAUUUCUUUUCAGAAUAAAAUGUAUAAAGUAAA